AUGCUCCAGAGUUCAUUGGAGUGUUAUUCAAACAAACAAUCACUCUCACAGGAUACACAGCUGAAUACGGUACAGAUGGCUCUGGAAGCAGAGAAGGGUAAAUCGGCAAUGAUGCAAGUAUCAAUCGAUGCGAGUUCAUUGGAGUGUUUCAACAAAAAUGCCUCUCAGGAUACACAGCUGAAUACGGUACAGAUGGCUCUGGAAGCAGAGAAGGGUAAAUCGGCAAUGAUGCAAGUAUCAAUCGAUGCGAAGGAUUCUGAAAUCGCUCGCCUAAAAAAUGAGCUUUGCGAAAGGAUGGAGGAUAUUGGUCGUCUCACAUCGCACUUAGCAGCGAAACGUGACGAACUCCGAGAGAAAGACGAAACAAUGCGACUUCUUCAUAACACUGUCGUUGAUUUGAAGGUAUGA